AUGAAGAUAUCAAAAAGAAUUCCUAAGAAAAAUAAAAAGAAGAUUGUUGAUAGUGAAGAAGAAGAAGAAGAAGAAGAUACUUUUUGUUUAGUUUGUGGAGAUACAUAUUCCAAUAGUAAAAACAAAGUAACAUGGAUACAGUGUCUAAAGUGCAAAUUCUGGGCACAUGAAAAAUGUACUGAUUUGAUGAAGAUUACUGCUUUUUAUAAAUGCGACAACUGUGAGGCUGAUGAGGUAGGAACCUAA